AUGACAAAAGUGAAAAGUAAAUUAAACGGAGCGUGUGUGUGCGUUCGGGAGUCGGGAAUCGGGAGUGAGAGUCUUGUGCGAGUUCAUACGAUUUCUCUUCCAAUUUUCAGUAAUCGGAACACAAUCAAAUGUAAAAUCAAUAGUAUCGGCUCUACGAAUUCUAAGAUUUCUCUUCGAUUUUUCGAUUUAGGGCUUGASGAUUCAUCGAUUUCGUUUGUAUCAGAUGUUCUCGUUAAUUACAUGGACCAGCCUCCUGCUGGUUUUGCUAUUCAAGGCCUUCUGAGACCUGCAUUUGUUGAAGAGGAUUCCAUCAACGAGCAUAUGUUUGACUAUCAAUCCAAUGAGGAGAAGCAAAUCAGAUUGCUGAAAAUAAAGAAGAAGAUAUAGGUGUUAUUAAUGGCCUUGGGCAUGUAGUAGGUCCCUCUCAAGAUGUUAAAAAUUUAAUAAAUCACAUCUUUUUGUCACAUACUUAAGUGUUACACCACCCAUGAGCCUAUGUUUUAUAUUAUUUGUAGGCAUCCAUUUACUACCCACGAGUGGAUUUCAUAUUCAGGUAUCUGAGAUGUUAUGAAACAAUAAGUAAGGCAAAUACAUCAUAUUCCCUUCGAAUAAAUGUAAUAGUUUCCUUUUGAAGAUGUCCUAAA